AGAGAGAGGGAAACAUAAGGUCUACUCCAUGACUGUAUAGUCGCACUACAUCUGUCUACUGUGGUAGGACUUAAUGGACAUUUUUCGUCUGCCACCAAAACACUAUCAACUACCUUGACUUUAGGGAGCUUGGCUGAAAACCCCAUUACCCCAUGGGUUCGCUCUCACCAGACAAUAUGGAGGACACCAAAUCAUCCGUGAUAGGACCUCUGGAGAGAAGAGUCCGACAACGCAAAGCCCCUCUCGAAGUGAUAAAGUCCAAAAUAGGCAGAAGCUUAACCUGCUCCGUGCCCAGGUUAAAGGGCGCAUUGACUGGACUCUUCCCUGUAGUGCUAUGGCUGCCAAAAUACAAGCUAAAAGAGUAUGUUUGGGGCGAUCUCAUGUCUGGCCUCAUAGUGGGCAUCAUUCUUGUCCCCCAAGCAAUCGCCUACUGCCUACUGGCAGGGCUGGAGCCCAUCUAUGGCCUGUACACAUCAUUUUUUGCCAACAUCAUCUAUUUCCUGAUGGGCACCUCCAGGCAUGUGUCAGUUGGCAUCUUCAGCCUGAUGAGCCUCAUGGUUGGCCAGGUGGUAGACCGAGAGGUCUACCUGGCGGGCUUUGAUCUGAAUGAGGACGCUAAACAGGGGCCCGCUGGUGGUAAUGCACUGAACUUCACAGAGGAUUCCUACAGUGGUGUUAUGAAUGUCUCAACAUUAAGAGUGUUGGACAUGGAGUGUGGGAAAGAAUGCUACGCUAUCGGAAUUGCUACUGCACUAACUUUACUUGCUGGGAUUUAUCAGGUGUUGAUGGCUGUGUUAAGGCUGGGAUUUGUCUCAGUCUAUCUCUCUGGGCCAAUGCUUGAUGGAUUCGCCACUGGUGCCUCGUGUACAAUCCUCACUGUCCAGGCCAAGUACCUUCUGGGACUGAAGAUCCCUCGUCACCAAGGCUACGGCACUGUGGUAGUCACCUGGAUCAACAUCUUCAAGAACAUUCACAAGACCAACUUCUGUGACAUGAUAACAAGUGCCAUUUGCAUCAGCAUCCUGGUGGCUGGCAAAGAGAUCCAAGAGCGGUUUAAGGACCGCCUGAAAAUACCACUUCCCACUGAGCUUGUGGUGGUUGCAGGUGCAACCGUAGCAUCCCAUUUCGCUGACUUCCAUGGAACGUACAGCUCCAGUAUUUCCGGGGCAAUCCCCACAGGCUUCAUCCAGCCAAAGGUCCCUAGUGUAGACAUGAUGUCCCGGGUUGUGUUCGACGCAAUCCCGCUAGCAGUCAUUAGCUUUGCUUUUACAGUCUCCCUAUCGGAGAUGUUUGCCAAAAAGCAUGGAUAUACAGUUAGGCCCAACCAAGAGAUGAUAGCCAUUGGCUGUUGCAACAUCAUCCCUUCCUUCUUCCAUAGCUUCACUACCAGUGCUGCCCUGGCUAAGACCAUGGUGAAGGACUCUACAGGAUGCCAAACACAAGUGUCCAGUGUUGUGAGUGCCUUUGUUGUCCUCUUAGUCCUGCUCUUCUUUGCCCCUUUUUUCUAUGCUUUGCAGAAGUGUGUCCUGGCCUGCAUCAUCAUUGUGAGCCUGAGGGGUGCUCUUCGCAAAUUCAGGGAUCUGCCCAACAUGUGGCGUGUCAGCAAAAUGGACGCCAUCGUCUGGAUCGUGACCAUGGCAUCAACGGCGCUCAUAAGUGUGGAGCUGGGAUUGCUUGUUGGGGUGGUGUUCUCCAUGAUGUGUGUCGUGGCACAAACUCAACAUCCCCAAGUGUCUUUACUUGGUCAGGUCAAUAACUCCUGCCAUUAUGAAGACACAGAGGAGUACCAAAAUCUACAGACCAUCCCCAAGGUCAAAAUUUUCCGCUUUCAGUCACCUUUGUACUAUGCCAACAAGCAAAUCUUUUUGAAGUCCUUGUACAAAACUGUUGGACUCGAACCAUUCCUUGAAGUGACCAGGAGGAGGAAAGCAGCAAAAAAAGAUUUGGCGGCAAAACAGAGUAAGAAAGCGGACCAAGUGAAUGGUGAAGUUACUAUAGAACUCAUUCACAAUGACCUAGAAUUCCAUACUAUCAUCAUAGAUUGUUCAUACAUGCCCUUUAUUGACUCCACUGGGAUGACCACAUUUAAAAAUGUAGUGAAAGAGUAUAAAGAAAUUGGUGUCACAGUUCUCUUAGCAUGCUGCAAUACUUCAGUCAUAGACUCACUGAAGCGAGUAGCCUUUUUUGGGCCGGCUGACAAGGACAUGCCCAGCUUAUUGUUUCAUACGGUUCACAGUGCUGUGUUUUUUGCCAGUGAUGUUCCAACAGCAGAAGCAGCGGGCAAUACACCUGUAUAAUUAACAUGGGUCGCGAGAAUCGGCAUGUGGUGUAUGUUUCAUUGGAGAAGUUAAGAGAUAUACUGAUGCCAAUGGUCAUCCACAAGCUAUCUGUGAAUGGGAUAUUUAAAUAUCACUUUAAAUGAAUGAUUUUAAGAACACAAUAGCUUUAAAGACCAUGUUUCACUUUAAAGUGAUAUUCCCUUAGUUUACUGAAUGUCUGUUUCUGUGAAUUUCAUUGCACUGAAUGAGAGAAAAAACUAUAUAGAUCAGAAGAGAAUAGAAAAAUGAGAAUGAAAUUUGACCAAAUCUAGAGGAUUCAUUUUUUGAAAAGUUAAAACCGACACACUUUUUAUGUCAGUAAUAUUUGUUUAAGCAUACGCUUGGGUAUCUUAAUCAAAAACUACAUUGUUAUACUUGUUGUAUACAUAUAGGUAUACCAGAGAAUGUCUAAUAAGGGGGGUAUACUUGAUGUACUUGAUACAAAUCUUAUUUAUAGACAUGCCAUAUUUUGAUACCUAGCCUAGAAACUAAAUGUCAUCUCAUGGCCCCUGAAGAAAGGCCUUUUUGUUAUUUCUGUGACCAUGUGUUUUGUUGGAUAUGUGACAAAAAUGAUGCAUAUAAAAAAUCCACCCUCAGA